AUGGAUUUGGCUAAACAAGCCUACUGGGCAUCGGACUGGACGAUAAAUGCAGGAAAAAUUCAGAAUUGUGUUGUGCUGUUGCCCAGUCUUGGAUUGUUGUUUUUGCACACGUCGUUUCCAAAUAGGACAGAAUUACGCACACACCGCAGUCGGCUACAUUCGAACCUCUUUCGCAACCGGCGUCGCCUUGGAAACCAGCCUUGGGUCUGCUCACUAUGCGACGCCACCUUCGAGGCACGCAGCGGCCUCCGAUUGCAUAGGCGUCAGGUGCACCGAGUCUCUCGGGCCGAAAUCUGCGACCAGACGCUGCCGGAGUCAUCUUUGGCUCUGCUCCGUGCCGUCGGUCAUGCACUCGACCCACCUUAUUUGACGGUCUCCACUUCUGAUUCGGCAAUUGGAGAAGCCGAAACUGUUGAGGUGCCUACAUCUCCAAGUGAUAGAAGGAUUACCGAAACCGCAGCUGCAACUGCAUCCACGGCUAGUAUUCUUAGUCUUCCGCAUAAGAUGACCUUGCUUUCUCAGGUCGAGGACUCAAUGACACCUCUGGCCUCCUCUGCAACCUAUUCUUCAAUCAAGCGAGACCGAGAUAUUUUACCAUCCUCCUCUUCCUCAUCCUCUUCUUCUUCCUCUUCUUCCUCUUCUUCUUCCUCUUCUUCUUCGUCUUCGUCUUCAUCUUCAUCUUCAUCUUCCUCAUCGUCUUCCUCUUUAUCCUCCUCUUCCUCUUGUUCUCUGCCUUCCAAUGUCACACCUCCCAAGUCCGUAGCU